AUGAAAGUGAUCUUAAUUUUAGCACUGUGUGUGGCUGCCGCAACAGCACAGUUUUCACCAUUUGGUCGUGGUGGCGGCUUUGGUGGUCGAGGUGGAGGCUUUGGUGGUCGAGGCGGUGGCUUUGGUGGUCGAGGUGGUGGCUUUGGUGGUUCUGGUGCUGCUUCUAAUGCUCAAUCCAGUUCUUUCAAUCGUAAUAUCAACAUUGGCGGAGGUUUAUUUCCUUCAUUUGGUAUAGGCAUUUCCGGCUCAGAUGCCUCUGCUAGUUCUCGUGCUGGCGGACGUGGUUUUUAUGGCUAA